ACAGACGUCGUUCUUCCGUUAUUCGCCAUCUUCUCUUUGACGUGUGUAGACGUGUUCCACUUAAUUGGAAACUGAUUUUUCCGGUUAAAGUGUUAAUUUUAUCUCUCGAAACGAGUUCGGGAAUCUCGCCGAAAUGAGUUACGGCAGGCCCCCGCCUCGAAUUGAUGGGAUGGUGUCCCUGAAAGUGGACAAUCUCACCUACAGAACGACGCCGGAGGAUCUAAGACGCGUGUUCGAGCGAUGUGGCGAAGUUGGCGACAUUUACAUACCCAGGGACCGUUUCACUCGGGAGAGCCGUGGAUUUGCGUUCGUCAGAUUCUAUGACAAACGAGACGCGGAAGAUGCAUUAGACGCUAUGGAUGGAAGACUGUUAGAUGGUAGGGAACUUAGGGUUCAAAUGGCACGAUAUGGACGACCGACUUCUCCACAUCGUAGUCGCGGCAGCCGACGAAGAGGAAGAUCACGCAGCAGGAGCAGGGACCGUAGACGCUCAAGGUCCAGAUCACGCAGCAGGUCUAGAAGCCGCGAUAGAGACCGAAGACGAUCUUAUAGUCGUAGUAGAAGUCGCUCACGUUCCGACAGUAAGAGCUCUCGAGGAAAGUCUCGUUCCAGGAGCAAGUCUCCUGACAGACAAAAAGACAGUCGUUCCAAAUCAAGGGACUGAAGUAAUUGAACCAUAAGCGAGUACGACUGUGAACAGAUGCACGUGCCGCGAGUGCAGAAUAAUCAUUUCUUGAGAAUGAAAAGGUAUUCUAUUACCCUCUAAUACCUAGAGCAACACUGUCGCACGUUCACAUUUCUUCUAUCACUUACAUAUUAAUUAUGUCGACGCACUUGUUUGGGUUGAAACCCAUAACUAAUUUUAAUGUAAUGUAUCUAGACUAUGAGUUUAAAGGACUCUUGAAGGUUCUCGUUUGCAAGUUUUUUUUUCUCGUAAUUAUUCUUACUUCGUUAGGUAACACUGUCACAUGCUUAUUUUGCUCAGAGAGAAGUACAUGUAUUCCUAUUUUUUUCUAUGUAUGGUUAAGCUGUUGUAACAACUGAAACAGCUUGUGUUCAAACCAUUGAAUUCAAGUUUCAUUGUGUCUUUGAUAAGAGUUUUAGAGACGUGCACUAGCACUAUAUAUUUGAUGUUCGAACAAUCUUUAAAAUUAGAACAGACGAAAUAAUUGAUUUUGCACUCUGUGAAUAAAUAAAACGGAAGAAUUGUUGUCAGUUCGAGCGUACAUGAUUUUUUACUUUUCGUUGAAGUAUAGUGUGCACAACAUCUAGUACUUGUCGAGUUAUAAGAUUGUCGAGUAAGUGAGUUAUAACGCAAGUUUAUUCAUUUUCUUCCAUUUUCUUCCAUUUUCUUCAAUUUUGUUAUAACUACUUUAAGCCGUGUCGGCGUGUAUAAGUAACUGCACAGGAAAACAACUAUUUAGGUCAAAUAUGUCCAUAGCGAAAAUUGUUUUUUUUUCCGUCAGUAUGAAAUUGUUCGAACCGGGCAACAUGGAUUUAGAUAUCUCUGGAAUUUCAUCGGGGUAUUGAUGUAUAAUGGUAAUUAGCAGGUAAUGUAGAACGUAUGUGGUCGAUUAAGUCCGGUUUCUGUACAAAUUUUAGACUGAACCCUUAAAUCACAUAAUCGUUGCCUGAAUUUUCUAUUAUCUGUCGUUGAAACUUGAUCGACUUUAAUUAGCUAACAGAAAGAAAAGAAACUAGAAGUUCUGGUACACACGAUUUUUAGAAGUAAGUUCUGCGUUUCUGUAAUAGUAUACAGGUUUAUUUAUGUAAGUUUGCCAUUUAUAAUAAAGUGUAAUAAAAUGCGGAAGACGGAACUAUUCGCAUAGUUUUAGACAGUGAUUAAAAGUUAAGCGUAAUCGUAGGGAAUGCAACAGAAAACAUGAUCAAAUCAUUUUGUGUUACCUAUUUAAUUCUAUCGGCUGGAAACUUAAUUUUCACGUCAGUUAGUUGAAUCUUGAGAACGAGAUUAAGUUUCAUCAAUCAUCAAUCGAUACUUCGACAUUAUGUAAAGUGUAUAAAUACAGAACAGCUCUCUUCCUAAUUUUUUGCUCUUCCUUUAACAAGAAGAGAAGUCAUAGCAAAAAGUUCGCAAUGAAUAUUGUGAAUUUAAAGAAAUAUACAUGGUGUCUCAGGUUUUAAUAUUUAAACUUUAUCAGUAUAUUCUAUGGCACUAAAUAAGAAAAACAUGUUCUGCAAACAUAGGCCACAUAGAGCUUUAUUAAAAAGUUAUAACAGAAAUACGGAAUACGAGUAAUAUAGGAAUAGUAACCGACUUGCUGUUACUGGGAACAUUGACUUAAAUAGAUCCAUGUGUUUAUUACUUAACAAUGUCACUGCUAGGGUUAAUUAAUGCUGCAUUUCAAAAUAUUUAGCUUUCUUGACAAUGUAUGAGCGACAGCAGUUCAAGAUCGAAUUUAUAAUUGCCUAAUUAUCCAUUGUGUUUCAUUUCGCUGUGAAUGCAUUAUACAUUUUUUGUAUCUAUUCAUUAAUAUAGCUAACGAAAGCACAUUGUAUAUAAAUAUUACUGACCUAUUUAAGUCACUGCUCGCAAUAAUAGCAAGUCGGUUAAUACGUCAAUGUUAAUUGUAUUCCAUAUUUUUGUUCUAACUUUUUAAUAAAGCUCUAUGUGACCUACGUUUACAUAACAUUUUUUUCUUACGUAGUGCCAUAGAAUAUACUGACAAAGUUUGAACAUUGAAACCUAGGGUACCAUGUAUAGUAUCAAUUCAUCACCGUGUUAAAGUAGUCCUUGGGGUUGCAUAGAUUUGAUAGCAUCGUUCAUUAUUGGUUUCAUUCACGUAAAACCGUUUGUUCGUCAAUAUCCUUCCAACCAAAAAAAAAGAAAAAAAAAGAAGAAAAAGAAAAAUAUUAAAAAUCCUCACACACGGAUAUAACACGUUUAU